GCGGUGUUUGCGUGAGAUUGCUUCCUUCCUCCUUCCCCUGCCAGUCCGCCAGCCUUCCUCCCUGUCUUCCCGGCCUGGCCACCCCCACCUUCCCCCGCCGUUCCCCUCCCCGCGGGAUAAUAUGGUCUCCGGCGAUGGACUCCCCAAGUGCAGGAUACACCUUUGAGUACCUGAUUGAAACAUUAAGUGGCAAUUCACAUAAGUUCUUCAAUGUACCUAAACUUGGAGGCACCAAAUAUGAUAUUCUGCCUUAUUCAAUACGGGUCCUAUUGGAAGCUGCUGUACGAAAUUGUGAUGGAUUUUUAAUGAAAAGGGAAGAUGUUAUGAACAUUUUGGAUUGGAAAACCAAACAAAACAAUGUUGAAGUGCCCUUUUUCCCUGCUCGUGUCGUUCUUCAAGAUUUUACUGGAAUACCAGCAAUGGUGGAUUUUGCUGCUAUGAGAGAGGCGGUGAAAACUCUUGGAGGUGAUCCUAAGAAAGUCCACCCUGCCUGUCCGACAGAUCUCACAGUUGACCAUUCUUUACAGAUUGACUUCAGUAAAUGUGCAAUACAGAAUGCACCAAAUCCUGGUGGUGGUGACCUACAGAAAGCAGGAAAGCUCUCCCCACUUAGAGUGCAGCCUAAGAAGCUUCCAUGCCGAGGCCAGACUACCUGCCGGGGAUCUUGUGAUUCUGGAGAACUAAGCCGAAACUCAGGAACAUUUUCUUCACAGAUUGAGAAUACGCCCAUCCUGUGUCCUUUUCAUUUGCAACCAGUGCCUGAACCUGAGACAGUGUUAAAAAAUCAAGAAGUAGAAUUUGGCAGAAAUCGAGAGAGGCUUCAAUUUUUCAAGUGGAGCUCAGGAGCUUUUAAGAAUGUGGCAGUCAUCCCUCCUGGAACUGGGAUGGCCCAUCAAGUGAACUUGGAAUAUUUAUCAAGAGUAGUUUUUGAAGAAAAGGACCUGCUCUUCCCAGAUAGCGUAGUUGGCACAGACUCUCAUGUAACUAUGGUGAAUGGAUUGGGGAUUCUUGGGUGGGGAGUUGGAGGCAUUGAGACAGAGGCAGUUAUGCUUGGCCUGCCAGUUACUCUUACUUUACCAGAGGUGGUUGGAUGUGAGCUCACUGGGUCAUCCAAUGCUUUUGUUACGUCCAUAGAUAUUGUCCUUGGCAUUACAAAGCACCUCAGGCAAGUAGGAGUGGCUGGAAAGUUUGUUGAGUUUUUUGGAAGUGGAGUUUCACAAUUAUCUAUUGUUGAUCGAACUACGAUAGCAAACAUGUGUCCAGAAUAUGGUGCUAUCCUCAGCUUUUUCCCUGUUGACAAUGUGACACUACGACAUUUAGAAAAUACAGGUUUUGACAAAACCAAACUUGAGUCAAUGGAAAAAUACCUUAAAGCUGUGAAAUUGUUUCGAAGUGAUGAGAAUUCUUCAGAACCUGAAUAUUCUCAGGUGAUACAGAUUAAUCUGAAUUCAAUAGUUGCAUCUGUCAGUGGUCCAAAAAGGCCUCAGGAUAGAGUUGCUGUAACAGAUAUGAAAAGUGAUUUUCAGGCUUGCUUAAAUGAAAAGGUUGGAUUUAAAGGCUUCCAAGUUGCAGCAGAAAAACAAAGUGAUACCGUCUCUAUUCAUUAUGAUGGAAGUGAGUAUAAGCUGUGCCAUGGGUCCGUGGUCAUUGCUGCAGUUAUCAGUUGUACCAAUAAUUGCAAUCCGUCUGUCAUGCUUGCUGCAGGUCUUCUGGCUAAGAAGGCUGUUGAAACUGGUCUACGAGUUAAACCUUAUAUAAGAACAAGUUUAUCUCCAGGCAGUGGGAUGGUUACACAUUACCUCAGUUCAAGUGGAGUGUUACCCUAUCUUAGCAAACUAGGAUUUGAAAUAGUUGGCUACGGCUGUUCAACAUGUGUGGGAAAUACAGCUCCUUCAUCAGAAGCAGUUUUGAAUGCAGUAAAACAGGGUGAUUUGGUUACGUGUGGAGUUUUAUCUGGAAACAAAAACUUUGAAGGCCGUCUUUGCGAUUGUGUUCGUGCCAAUUACCUUGCCUCUCCACCCUUAGUGGUGGCUUAUGCCAUAGCAGGCACAGUAAACAUAGAUUUCCUGACAGAGCCUUUAGGGACUGACUCCACGGGCAAAGAGAUUUACCUGCAUGACGUUUGGCCUACUCGAGAAGAAGUUCUUCGGGUGGAAGAAGAGCAUGUGAUAUUGCCAAUGUUUAAAGCACUAAAGGAAAAGGUAGAGAUGGGAAAUAAACGUUGGAAUUCCUUAGAAGCACCAGACUCAGUACUGUUUCCCUGGGAUGUCAAGUCUACUUACAUCAGAUGCCCUUCAUUUUUUGAUAAACUUACCAAAGAGCCAGCUGUAUUACAGCCUAUUGAAAAUGCCCAUGUCCUCUUGUAUUUGGGAGACUCUGUCACUACGGAUCAUAUAUCACCUGCUGGAAGUAUUGCUAGGAGUAGUGCUGCUGCUAAGUAUUUGACAAACAGAGGCCUUACUCCUCGAGAGUUCAACUCUUACGGAGCCCGAAGAGGUAAUGAUGCUGUGAUGACAAGAGGCACAUUUGCAAACAUCAAGCUUUUUAAUAAAUUUAUUGGGAAGCCAGCUCCCAAAACAAUCCAUUUUCCAUCGGGACAGACGCUCGAUGUAUUUGAAGCUGCAGAACUAUACCAGAAAGAAGGUAUCCCACUGAUAAUUUUAGCAGGAAAGAAAUAUGGUUCCGGAAAUUCAAGAGACUGGGCUGCCAAAGGACCCUAUUUGCUGGGUGUAAAGGCUAUUUUGGCUGAAAGCUAUGAAAAAAUACACAAAGAUCAUUUGAUUGGAAUUGGCAUAGCGCCACUUGAGUUCCUCCCAGGAGAAAAUGCAGAUUCCUUGGGCCUCUCCGGCAGAGAAGUAUUUUCUUUAUCAUUUCCUGAAGAACUCUCUCCUCGAAUUACAUUAAAUAUGAAGACAAGUACUGGAAAAGAAUUCAGCGUGGUCGCAUCAUUUGAAAAUGAUGUGGAAAUAACUUUGUACAAACAUGGAGGCUUAUUAAACUUUGUGGCUCGAAAAUUCUCAUAG